UAUGUAAACUAUAGCAUUGACUGCAAACAUGUACACAGUUAACAGCAAAGCCUAGAAAUCUUAUCAGUCGCAGUCCACAAAAACUGAACAGCAACAGGAAACAAAAACUGCAUUGAUAGAUUGACAGUUGAACCUUUACCCGCAACGGCAGCAGAAAACGCAUUCAGAUUAUAAAAAUUCAAACAGUUCGACAUUUUGAUAAAUCACUUAUUCACUGGAUUUUCAUGAAAUCCUAAAGAUUAACUUAAUCUUGUGCGCAAAUUCGGGGAAAAAACUUCUACACCGAGCAAACUCAUUAUGAUUCAACGAACCCUGUGCGCUCAUAAUACAACAAAUACAAACGCAUGGCAAGUAGUGAGUUAUAAUAAAAAGGCGCAAUCGAAAACCCUUUCUAAGGCAAAAGGAGGAGGUGGUGGAAGCACCGACAAAUCAAAUACGCAAAUUAAAAAUAUAACAUUAAAUAAGAAUACGCAAGCAAUAACAAAAUCACAAACUAAUGUCGCAUUGCUUGCGAGAGUAACAGCGAAUAAUCAAAAGAUCUCAAGGACGAAAACGUCAACAAAUCAACGAGGAAAUUUGGCGCACUGUGCCGCAGCCGCCGCCACAAUCAAGCAGACGACACCACCCACAGUUGGCAAAAUAAAAACGAAAGUUGGCAGCGUGCCAACUCAGCAGCAGCAGCAGGCACAACAACAACAACCACAUUCACAGCGCCAUCAACAGCUACCGCAACAAGUACAACGGCAGCAGUCGCCUUUGUUGCAUAUCCGUCGUCGACGCGCAAAUCAAGAGAUCCGUCAAAUUAAACGUGCACACCGCCAUCUAUUGACCAGUGGCGGUUGUGACUGGCAGCACCAACAAGCGGCCAAUAGUUCGUCAACAGGUGUGGCAACCUUGCGCACCCGUAAUCGGUUUGGGACCAAAUGCAUUACCAAAAUCGGUUUGGGAAUAAAAGCACUUCCGGUAGAAGUCAAGUGUCAAACGAAGAACAGCUGUUUAGCGACAAAGAAGAAACAGCAAAAGUACCAGCAGUCGCACCAACGAAAACAGCAGCAACAGAAACACAAGGCAAAAUUGCAAAAUUUCAUGAAAAAUGCCCACAGUGGCGGAGGAGCAGGUAGUUGCAGUAGCAGUAGUAAAAAACAAAAUCCACCAAAAGAGUCUGUAAUUUCAUCGCGUUGGGACUCGAUCGAGGAGCAAUUAAAUUAUCUGGAUAAGCUGCUAUAUUACUGUGAUGACGAGCAGGAUGCUUGCAGUGUUCGGAAUUCUAGUGUAAGCAAACUGUGCGAUAGCAACGGGGAGAGGGCCAAAUCAGUUGAGGUUUACUACGAAGGUGACGUUGACGACGACUACGAGAGUGACUGGAGUGUUGAGUGGAGCGAUUCAGAUAUGUCAACUGGAGCAAAAGGUUCGGAAGAUGCAGACGUGCUGUCCACUACAAGUGGCGCUGGUUCUGCAUCUACAACGACCACAUCACCAUUGAUGCCUUCCACGCUUAAGCGACGCGGACAUCAGCACCACCCGCGUUUUUCAGGUACACGCCGUCCCAAUAUUCCCAAAGUUCAAGAGAUACUCGCUGCCCUUUAUCGCGGCGAUUCACAGAGUGUGCUCACGAAUCUACGUCAAGCAGCGCAAGCUGUGCAAGAAGAUAAUGCUGCGGCUGGCACCGGCAGCGAUGUUGAAACUGUUUCGUCCACAAUGGGUGACUUACAAUAUACAGAUGAGCCCGAUGAAGAGCUAGAUUUGCAGCCUACAAAGGCCACAGUGCUCAAUUUGCCACUAACAGAUUCGGUAACCAACUCGAUGGGCAGCAACAGCCCAACACCGACAGAUGACAGCAGUAUGGUGGAUGAAGGUGUGGUAAGCGCACAAACGCCCACAAGCACUACUCCAGCUGAGAGUGUGACUCCAAAAUCACAAAAAAGUAAAUCUAAACGUGAUAAAGCCGAGAAGGCAGAACGUUCGGAUAGGAAAAGGAAAACGAAGAAAGAUAAAAGUAAGCGCGCUUCCACUUGUUUAGACGCAGAGGGUAAUAUGACUAGCUCUGCUGACGCGAAUGCAGCAGCAGAUGAAGGUAUUGCAAUUGAUGAUGAUGAUGUGCAAGCGGCCGAGUGGGCUAAACUGCGUUGCACCAGUGAAGCUGCUGAAAUCGUAGCAGAACGUGAAGCGCGGCGUAAUAAAGGGCGUUGUGCAGACUAUCCGGGCCUAGCAUUUGGACGGUCCAUAUUUAGUUCGGAUACUAUGAUGAAGUUCAACAUUAUACGCAACGAAUUACAUAACAUCAUGAAAACGCAGCUCAAAAGGGCUGAAUCAGAAGUAGCAGCAUUGAACCGUCGCAUUCAAUUGCUCGAAGAAGACUUGGAACGUUCAGAGGAACGUUUGGGAUCAGCCACAGCCAAGCUUUCGGAAGCAUCUCAAGCUGCCGAUGAGAGCGAACGCGCUCGUAAGAUCCUUGAGAACCGCGCCCUUGCCGAUGAAGAACGCAUGGACGCACUUGAGAAUCAAUUGAAGGAAGCUCGUUUCCUUGCUGAGGAGGCUGACAAGAAAUACGAUGAGGUUGCCCGUAAAUUGGCCAUGGUUGAAGCUGAUUUGGAACGUGCCGAGGAACGCGCCGAGCAAGGAGAGAACAAAAUUGUGGAACUUGAGGAAGAACUCCGCGUUGUCGGUAACAACUUGAAAUCCCUUGAAGUUUCAGAAGAGAAGGCCAACCAACGCGAGGAAGAAUACAAGAACCAAAUCAAGACCCUGAACACCCGUCUAAAGGAGGCUGAAGCCCGUGCUGAAUUCGCUGAACGUUCCGUUCAAAAGUUGCAGAAGGAAGUCGACAGGCUCGAAGAUGAUAUUAUUGUUGAGAAGGAACGUUAUUGCCUUAUUGGCGACAGUCUUGACCUGGCCUUCCUGGAUCUGAUACCCGGACUUGAACCAUUCUGGACGCCACGCAAUCCCAAACCGCCAACACCGAAAUUGCCAACGCCCACUCCUGAGGAAAUUGCCGCUGCAGAAGCUGCCAAAGCUGAGGCGGAAGCAGCAGCGGCAGCAGAGGCUGAAGCAGCGGCAGCAGCAGAAGCUGCCGCAGCUGAGGGUGGAGAGGCUGUCGUCAGAAGACCUUCAGGCGCACCACCAGGCGAAGCUGCGGCCGCGGCCGCCGAGCCUGAGCCAGUCAAGGAACCAACACCACCACCGCCGCCACCACCACCAUUUGAGUACUCCAUUGAUUUGCCACCAGAGGGCGCUGAGGUGCCAUUCGUCAAGAACUACGAAGGACCACCACCUGGCGCGGAACCAGCAGAAGGCGAAGCUGCAGCACCAGCUGAAGGCGCACCGCCAGCGGAAGGCGCACCAGCAGCUGCCCCGCCGGCUGAGGGAGCUCCGGCUGCUGCCGCACCUGCAGAAGGUGCUCCAGCUGCCGCAGCAGCACCAGCCGAAGGUGCACCCGCAGAGGCAGCCGCGGCUCCACCAGCAGAAGCUGGCACACCGGCGCCUGCUCCGGAAGCGGCUGCACCACCAGCUGCUGCCGCAGAGGCUGCUCCAGCUACCGAAGCCGCACCUGCCGCCGCAGAGGCUGCUCCAGCUGCAGAGGCUGCCCCAGACCCCGCGCCAACAGCUUAAUUUAGGUGGUGAAUCGCUGUCUCAAAAAAGUAAAAUUUAUGUAAAAAAUUAAUAUGCCAGCACCUGGAGUGCAAAGACAACCUCUUCUUAGGGCGCGACAAUCACAUACGCGCAUAGGCAAUAAACACAGCCGCUAUGAAAGCUGCCAGUUUUAUUUAGUUGUUUGCAUGAACACGUUUAGUUUAGAGGAUCCACAGUAAAAUAUAGUAGGGCUGUUCAGGAUAUUGUGGAAAUAGUCUUGAACCAUGGCAACCGUGAACAGCCCUAUUGUUUUAAAACCUAUUUAAUUUAAACCAGUGCAUUUGUUAUGUUUAUUUUCCUCUUUAUUUAAUAUUGAAAAUAAAAAAUCUAUAAAAAAUUAAAAAUGCUAUUCGGAAAUAAAUUGCCUGCCUAUUGGCGGCGGCUGUAUUGUGAGGAAGUUUUUUUUUUUUUUACUUUUCGCUAACAGCAGCUUGCCAGCUUAUUUUGUAUUUGCUUUUUAUGAGAAAACAAACGCUCUUUAAAUAAUAAACCGCAAAGCGACACGGCUGCUGCACUAACAACGACAAGAAGCCAAUGCGAAUGUAUGAAGCCGCUUUUGAACCUUCCGCCGUCUAAUGAAGCAAGAAAAGGUAAACUUUAUUUUUAAUUAAUUUAUUUUAUUUUUUGUUUUUGUGCUUUUAAUUUUGUUUUGCAUUACGUGAAUACAAUUUAAUUUUUAUCUGUUGUCGAACACUAUGAUUGAUUUAUUUUUAAGACGAAACAAUGGAUUUCUGAGAAAAAUCGUAUUAAGUAAAAUGCAAUUUUUUUCUUUUGACUCGAAAUAAAUUAACUUAAUUAUAUUUAUUCUUGAACCUUCGAAUUUAUUAUUUAAUAUGAUUUCCAGAAACUAACACUCACUACACCCUCUAGAAACAGAC